AUGUCGACCGCUUCGAAUCGAUCAUACCAGCCGAACCGCCACCUCAGUAGCAGCCGAAUGCCAAGAAGGUCUAGGGCCGCCUCUAGGGCUCAACGUGCUGCUGUCGUCGAUCGCGAUGAGGCCUUCACCUAUGCCCUUCGGACGGCAUUCCUCCACCACCUCCUACAACCUCGCGCUAGGCGAAAGCAAUAUGUCAACGUCCCGACAAAGCCCAUCCAUCGAUCGCACUCGAGCAUGGGACACCUGCUCCAAGAUUUCGUCUCUACUGGAGGUACUACGGGUGGUAGCAUGAAGCUGCCUCAUAGCUUCCGCGGUGCCCUCUUCGAUCGGAUGCAGGGAGUCCUCAGGGGCACCGAGCGAAUGCCCGGCUAUAACGAUGCCGCCGUAAAGAGGUGUUUUGCAGAGGCGUACACGGCGUUUACCGAAAAGAGCUUCCAAAAGACCAUUGAUAAGGAGAGAAAGAUAGAACCCCUGGUCCUCAUAUUCUUCUCCUCUGCGACUAAAGCCGCCCAGAAAGCUGCCGCUCCCGGCGAUGAAUCCUGGAGGCUACUACCAGAUCGCCAUGUGGCUCUAUUUGUGCGCCUUGUCAUCAAGAUUCUCAAAGACCACGGCCAGGACCGGGACAGGCCAGAUCUGCUCAACAAGCUUGCGAGCCUUGAGAACAAGAUGCUGACCAACGAUCAAAAUUUGAUCGACUCUGGCCAGGACAAUCUCGGCAAAACUAUUGAAGUUGUAAUUCCCUUCAGCUACGAGGUAAAGGAUAUGCCAAUGGUACAGACAGUCUGCAGGAUUUUCGGCUACCCAGACUCUCACGCCCAAGCCGAAAUCGAUGCUCACAAGUCCGUUUGGACCGAGGAGGCGGCGCUUCGUGAUUUGAAGGCUUAUCAGCAUCGCCUAAACUCUAAUAUGGCUGGUGCGCUUAACAGCGGCGAUUUUGAGGUUGAAGAGGCCUUUGAGGAUUGGAAAAGGUCUGAAGCUCCUCACCUCUCACGAAUGAUGCUCGAUAUCCUCACCGCUCGUCCCGAGUUGGCCAAAACAUCGACAAGUACAGCGGACAAACCGCUUCCCACCCCUUCUCCUGCCUAUGAUGAUGACCAGGCAUAUGCGGACCUGGCGCGACUCAUUUCGAGCACCGAUGAUACACCAAUCCUAGGUUAUGACAGUGCCCUCGGGAUGGGCUCGGUAGGCCCUGACGAUUCUAGCAGUAUCCGAAGCGUCGAUGAGCCUAGUUAUACAUUCAUCCCCUACGACCCUAGAGCUUUCUACAAGGCUGUUCUACAGCAGGCUAUCGUCAACGAUCAGUCGCUCUCCGAUCCAUCGGCCCCGUACGCUCCCUUGUCAAAAAGCUCUCAGGAUCUCCUCCUGGAACUCGCUGUGCACUGGCGCAUCCCUCAAUCGUCGCGAUUGGUAGCACUCGCCGAAGUGUCAGUAAAGCGAUUCACCGACGGUGAGAUAACUUUGGAAGACCUAGACACCGUUUUCGAUAUUGUCAAGUCUGAGGGCCCGGAGAUGAAGAAACCUCCCCACAUCACGAACUAUACCGCCCCGCUGACGGCAUUCAAUCCCAUGCACCUGACGGCCUACGAUCGCUCGGUCUUGAUACGUACACUCCAGGCUCUUCAUGAAGCUCUCCUCCGCGAUCUCUACAAUGCCCUUGUCCAGUGCUACGACCCGAAGCCGCCCUCGAUUGCCGUCGUUAUGCAUGUCCUCCUUAACCAUGUUGUGGAUGAUCCCAAUUUCUCAAGGACAUCCGAGGAGGAUGAGCAAUUCGCUGAGGUUCUCUAUGGUGGCCUUCGUCGAAAGGCCGCUGAUGUCUACAGAGCUUUCCUCGAUAAGGAACUACCAGCGAACCGGGACCAGUGGGACUUUGGCCAUGUCGUACGGCUCGGCCAAGCCGUCGUGAAGCUCUCGGAGAAGAUUAGGAAACGCUAUAGGAGAACCCCCGAGAUAAUGGGAGCCAACCCCCUGAGGGCUUUAGUCGAAACCAUUUUUCCAAGCUUCCAGGCUGAUUGCAAGGCGAUUAUCGAGCAAAUCAUGUCCUGUGCAAAGGAACAUGACAAGGAGAUCCCAAUCGAUGAAGGUUUCCUUCUUUACAAGGAACUCAUUGAAAUUCGCAAAAUCCAAACGGACACUUUGCCCACACAAUCCUUUGCGUUUGAUAUCGAGGACCUGCUAGUUAGCUUUGUCUGGAGGUGGAUCGAUGUCGUAGGUGACAAGGUCGACGAGAAUGUCGAGACUGCCUUUCGACAGGACAAGUUCCAAGUCAGGACCGACUCGCCUGAUCAGACGGCCCCUGAUUCUCAGCGUCACAGCCUGUCCAUUAUCGACGUCUUUACACUUUUCAACCAGACAGCGAAUCAGGUUUUCCAGCUCGAGUGGAGCAAUGAAGUCCACUACGCCAGAUUCAUGACCGCCCUUGCGCGGGUGUUUGCGAACGGUAUCGGCCGAUAUUGCGAGCUGGUGUGGGAGCAAUUUGCGAAGGAGAUGGACCGGCCGAGCGCCCAGGAGAUCGCGGCGGCUUCCAUGACGGCGCAAGAAAAGUUCCUCCAGUACGCUAAAGAUGCUUGGAACAAUAAGGAGAGGAUCGAGCCGUUCCAGUUCUACCCUGAGUCUUUUGUAAAAUUGAACAAUAUCGAGUUUGCCAUGCAGGAGUUAGAUAAGCUCGAAAAGGCUAUGAAUGUAGACGCCUGUGCAGCGCUUUUGGAAAAGGUGGACGGGCCUAAGAGGCAUCUUCGAAAGCCCACCAACUACGUCUUCACUGUCAAGAUCAUCGAAGCGGAGGACCUCAAAGCCUGCGACGCAAACGGCUACAGCGACCCGUAUGUGGUGCUCGGUGACGAGUAUCAGAAGCGCCUUGCCAAAACAAGGAUUAUCUACAGGAAUCUGAAUCCGCGAUGGGAUGAGUCCGUCGAUAUCACCGUUCAGGGCCCCCUCAAUCUGAUCGCCACGAUUUGGGACUAUGAUACGUUCGGGGACCACGACUUUGUCGGAAGGACAUCGCUUAAGCUGGAUCCACUCCACUUUAGUGAUUACCUGCCCCGAGAGUUCUGGCUGGACCUUGACACUCAAGGCCGUCUUCUAGUGCGCGUCAGCAUGGAGGGCGAGAGAGAUGACAUCCAGUUCUCCUUCGGAAAGGCCUUCCGGCAUUUGAAGCGGACAGAGCGAGACAUGGUCCGCAAGAUUACCGGAAAGGUGACGCUCAACAUACCACACCCUCCUCGCCUUAUUCUCAAUGUCUCUACAAAGACUGGAGGUAUCGGUGCAUCGGUCACAAGCCUCUGGAAGAAGCGCGUGUCCGAGGUCCCAACCUUGAGGCGUGAAGACAUAGAAGGCGCACUGGAGAUGCUUCUCGAGUACUUUAACGAUAACUUCGCUAUCAUGAAGCUGACCCUAACCGACGCGACCAUGAUUGCCGUCAUGACCCGGCUGUGGAAGGAAGUUCUCAUGGCCAUCGAGGGUCUUCUUGUUCCCCCCCUUUCGGAUAAGCCAUCGACUCAGAAGCCGCUCAAUCAACGUGAGCUCGAUAUUGUGUACCAGUGGUUACAGAUUCUCCUUGAGUUCUUUAAUGCCAGGGACGCGCAGAGCGGCGAGCAGUUGGGAGUUCCGAUUGACGUUUUGAAAUCGCCUAAGUGGCAUGAGCUGGCAUCGCUCAACUUCUUCUAUAACGAGGAUACUAAUAAUUUGAUUCGGGAGUCUGAGAGGAUGGCAGCCGCGACGGCGCAGCGGGCCCAAGCAAUGAUGCGGCAACAAGCACACUCUAGCCACCGCCUCUCGGCGCCGGCAUCGCUCGGUGCUUCGUUUGGCGGAGCUGGAGCAUUUGCUAGCAUGGGCACGAUUCGACGCGGCAAGAGCAUCAUGAUGAGCCGCAACCUAGGCACGAUGAGGAAAGCGAAGGAGGAGCGACGCAAGGAGGCACAGGCGGACCCUAACGAUGAUAUGAUCCUCCGUAUUCUCCGCAUGCGUCCCGAAGCGGCGGGUUAUCUGAAGGACCGCCACCGGCAAAAGGAGCGGCAGGCUGCUGCUUCGGCUGCUGCGCUCAUUGUUAAGAACAGUGUUGGGCAGGGCUGGAAUGCUGGCGGCGGCGGUGGUCCCUCGACCUUCGGAAGGAAUAACCUUCCCCUCCGUUAA